CCCCUCUUCUCUCUCUACAUAACCAGAGCAAGACACCGAUCACCCAACGGCAAAACGAUUCGCGAUUCGCGACAGAGAACGACGCCAUGAACGGAGGUGACGCCGACGACGAAGAAACCCUCGGCCUCUUGCCCAACGCCUGCAAAGUGGUGGAGUAUCUGGAGCCGGUGAUGUCGCGGGACCUCCUCUACAUGUUCCCGGACAACUCGUCCUUGGGCUUCGACUACUCGCAGAGCUCCAUCUGGUCCCCGCUCCUCCCCCGCUCCCACUUCCCCAUCGAUUCCGGCUGCUUCGCCACUCCGAAGAAGCUCUGCUUCGGGUUCGGUCACGAGAAGACGUCGGCGGCGAGGAAGAAGAAGGUUAAACUCUCGAUGAGCAACAAGAAGAAGAUGAUGAAGACGAAGAAGAAGUCGGCGAAGGUCUCUGAUUCGUCGCUGACUCCGACGAGCGUUGCCUGUGCGCCCUUCGCUAAAAAGGGCUGGGAUAAGGUGCUGAAGGCAGCAUCCAAGCAUUUCAAGAAGAAGAAGAAGAAGAGGGAUCCUACGGUCCAUGUGAAGCUCUCCAAUUAUUUGAAAGGCUGAGAUUUAUUCCUUUUCUUUUUUUUUUCCGCUAGAUUUGGUACUCGUGAUUCGUAAUUCUGUUCAGCUUCGAAUGACCAUGAAAUUUGAUGAUUCUGAAACUUACGUUGGAAUGAAAAUCUGUAACAUUCCGAAAGUUCCCAGAACGAAAAUUCUUGUAGCACUACAUCAUUCUCCAAUUAUGUAGAUUCUCUCUGUUCCUACA